GGAGCCAGUAAGCCAGUUCAAAUAACUUACUUGGGUUCUUGUUCGUGAUCCUUAUUCGUGAACGGUAACAGUCAAAAACACAAGACAUAACGUUCAGAACACACUCCUACACAGAGUACGAGUUGCCGAUCUAAAAGUCUUAUCGUUUGCACAUAGCCUUAAACCUAAUGCGUUUGUUAAAGAACAAUAGAAACGGAGCAACUCUGUAUUUGUUUGCCCUCAGCUGUUUGCUAUGGCAACAAUUACAAUUUGAAAAGCACUGACCACGAAGCAUUUAAAUUACAAGUUCAAAACAAUAGUUAACAUAGUAAAUAUCAUAAUUACGAGUAUUACAAUACGAACUUUUCUGUGUUGAUAGUCUGACAAUAAUAUCAUAUAACAUCAUUAAAGUGUAAUUUUACCCAUAAAUACAAUAACAAAUAGUUUGCAUUGGAUUAAUUAUAGCUAGAAAAGGUGACAUAGAAGCAAGUAUUCUGACCAUGACUUCAAUAUAGUACCUAAGAUUGAAAAAAGAACCACAUUUCAAAAAGCGCAAAGCAUUCACAUUUAUUUCAUAAGGCCCCUUUUUCAAUACACUGCCGUACGAGAGAAUAUUCCACUGCGUGUUAAAUGUCCGUACGGUCCCACCAAAUUCAGGCGCUCUUUGCACGUCGUCGAGAAAUUGAGCACGAUCGCAUUGAGCGCACAGCUGCAGUUAAUCGUUACUACGACCAUUGGGGCAAGGUGACAACCCGCUUCGAGAACUGGACCAAGCCGGAGUACUACAAAAAUGCGGAAGAGCAGCUGAAGCAGCGCCGUGAAAAGCGUGAGAAGGAGCUCCAGCAGUAUGAACGUCGUGAACGUCUGCGCGAGCUGUUCGAAAAAGAGAAAAUGAUGUACGAAAAGGAAACCCUAGAUCGCGAGAGGCCACGAUCUCGCAAGAUUGCUGCUACCACCGAACAACUUGAGAAGAUUGAACAAAGUGCUAAGGAGCGUGAGAACAUCAAGCGGAAACUGGAUUUAGAGGCUAAAUUGUACGGACGGUGGCGACAUGGUGUGGAUGAUGAUAAUAUGUUGUUUGAAUCGAAGUCUAGCAAUGAGACGCUGGCCAAACUCAAUUGGUUGGACAAGAAAAUCGAAGAGCAAUACGAUCGCGAACGUGAAGAAGCACAGUCAAUGGACCGAAAUUUGCGAUUGCAGGAGGAGAUCAGUCGUACAGAGCAGGUUCAAAGAGAUCGACAACUAAUUCGCGAAAAGGAGAUUAAAGAGAUACGUGAACUGCAGGAGAAGCAUAUGGAAGAACUGAAGAUGCGUCAGGCUGAGGCAGAUGGUUUAAAAGAGGAGGAGAAGCAUUUGCGUACCUGUUUAAGUGAUUUGGAUAAGGAGCUGGAGUUGUUAGAGGAGAGCUGCUCGUUGGUAAUGGAAGCCACAGAUGCAUCUCAGGCCUUCAAUUUGAAAAAAAUUAAGGUUUUCAUACGAAAACGGUCCGAGUCAUUCUGCAACCAAAUCAAGCUCUGCAUAAAUAUACUGGAACGCUUGAGUGCCUACACCACAUGUGCCGAUAUCGUAAAGAGGCUACUGAACAAAUACAGAGGGCAUCUAGAGGCGGAAACAAUUAAUCUCUCGCAAGUUGAGGCAAUGUACGAAUCAGAGGCGAAGUACAACAUGCAGCGCUUUGAGUCGAUGUGGCAACAACAACAUUUGGAGCGUUACCAUGAAAUAAAACAACUUCUAACAGAAGAGCGUUGUACAUUUGGUUCGCGCAUUAGCGAGAACCUUCGACGCCAAAGCGAUGCUUACGAAGUGCGCUCCACACACCUCACAGCUCUUGAGAAUUCUAAUGAGAAGCUGAAGCAAUUGGUAGCUGAGGAACAACAAUCACCACGCAGUGCGCUUCCUGUAGCUGGUAAUGAUUUCGCUACACCAUGCCCUGGUACAGGGUACAACGGUGAUGUCGGUAAUCAGGCUUCGGUGGCAGAAGACAACAUAAGUAUUGCACAGCUGAUGCCGAGUGGCGUGUCGCAUUUAGAAAGCGCACCUACGUCCGGCACACAUUUCGGACGACGCAGACCCCCGACUUCCGAGCUGCCUAAAGUGACCAACUCAUUUACGAAUUUGAAUUUGGAUGUUUGGAAGGAUCUACCAGCUGCACGCCAUGACAUCGACUCGCCACGCAUGCUGACUCAGCGUUCAACGAGCAUUGUCACAUCGGAAUCAGCGUCGCGCCCGAAAUUCGCUCGUAAGCGCGUAGCUUGGACAUAAUAUAUGUAUAUGAUACAGCUUUAAUCUCGACUGACUGUUUGCAUUAGACUAGUUUGUUCUAGAUUUUUAUAGUGAAUUUUGAUAAAUCGGAGUUGAAAAUAUUUUGAUAUUCGUUUAAACUAAAUUUUUCAUACAAAAUAAAAAAUUAAACUCAAAUUGUA